AUGACCAUUUUCAGUAUCGGGCCUUUGACUCGGUGCAAUCCCAGACUCUUUGAUGGCAUCUUCGGAGCUGACUUCUUCGUUAUUUCCUGUCGUGCUUGCGAAGGAACGGGAUUGAGGCAUGAGAAGAAAGUUGACGAAGUCCAUCUGUUUCCUUACAUGCGUCAGCUAAACUAUGAUCCGCCAAUUCUGACGCGUUUUAGACAGGAUGAAUUGCAAUUUAAACCCCGCCUGGCUCUCGUCCGCACCCCCAGCAGGAAUCGAAUCCGGGUUCUACAGGUUACCACUACUACUCUGUCUCGUGAUCCACCCACGCCGCUGGCAGAAUGGUCUGGUGGUAGUGAUGAGACCAGUUCAGAUGAGGUCAGAAGCGCAGUCCAUCCUGGCCGGGAUGAUAAUACCUUUUUGGAAGGAAAGCUAAAUGAAAUGGAGCGUAACUGUGAGGCCAACUCAUAUGAUUGUGGGAAAAUGGAAAUAUCGUUCCUUCGUCAACUUUGGCGACAGCUCUUAUCGCCACAUACUUUCUAG